AUGUCUGGGCAGGAUGCAGGCUCCCAUCGAGGGCCAGUGGAUCAGGCCUUGCCCAUCACGGCACAGGGUGUGGCAUUCUGCUCUCUCUUCUGGCUCUGCCUUCAGUACUCCAACACAGGCAGCAGAAGGGAACACGUCAAGGUCACCUCUGAGCCCCAGCCAGGCUUCCUGGAGCGGCUGAGCGAGACUUCGGGGGGAAUGUUCGUGGGCCUCAUGACCUUCCUCCUGUCCUUCUACUUAAUUUUCACCAAUGAGGGCCGGGCGCUGAAGACGGCCACCUCGCUGGCGGAGGGGCUGUCCCUUGUGGUGUCCCCCGAGAGCAUCCACGUGGUGGCCCCUGAGAACGAGGGGAGGCUGGUGCACAUUGUGGGGGCCCUGCGCACCUCCAAGCUCUUGUCUGAUCCAAACUACGGGGUCCACCUUCCGGCCGUGAAACUGCGCAGACACGUGGAGAUGUACCAGUGGGUGGAGACGGAGGAGUCCAGGGAGUACACGGAGGACGGGCAGACGAAGACGGAGACGAGGUACUCCUACAACACCGAGUGGCGGUCAGACGUCGUCAGCAGCAGAAACUUCGACCGAGAGAUCGGCCACAAGAACCCCAGCGCGAUGGCAGUGGAGUCCUUCACGGCGACGGCCCCUUUUGUCCAGAUCGGCAGGUUCUUCCUCUCGGCCGGCCUCAUCGACAAGAUCGACAACUUCAAGCCCCUGAGCCUGGCCAAGCUGGAGGACCCCCACGUGGACAUCGUUCGCCGCGGCGACUUUUUCUACCACAGUGAAAACCCCAAGUACCCGGAGGUUGGAGACCUGCGCGUCUUCUUUUCCUACGCGGGACUGAGCAGCGACGACCCUGACCUGGGCCCGGCCCACGUGGUCACUGUGAUUGCCAGGCAGCGAGGUGACCAGCUCGUCCCCUACUCCACCAAGUCCGGGGACACCCUCCUGCUGCUGCAUCAUGGAGACUUCUCGGCAGAGGAGGCCUUCCGCAGGGAGCAGAAGAGCAACUCCAUGAGGACGUGGGGGCUGCGGGCGGCCGGCUGGAUGGCCAUGUUCACGGGCCUCAGCCUCAUGACGCGCAUCCUCUACACCCUGGGUAGGUGCCGCCCCUCGGGCCACCCCUGCCUGUCCCUCCCUGGGGCAGAGUCCAGGCCUGGGCCACGUCUGUCCCCCUGCUGUCCUGGGAUGGACGAGGAGUCACGAGUGAGCAGCGUGGGGACCGUGGGGCCACCUCCCAGGGGCUGGUCUGGCUUCUGGGAUGGCAGGUCUGGCCCCACCGUGUCCCUGUGUCCUUGGCCCGAGUGAGGUGCCCUGGCCUGUCUGGGGUCGGAGCUGGGAGCGCGUCUGGGCUGGGGCCGUUGGUUCGGGAGACAGGUUCUCGGGGACCUGACCCCAGUGUGUCCCUGCCCAGGCUCCUCUGGCCCCCACAGGAGCCCUUCCCCGCUGGCUCUGGCUGG